AUAACUUAUAAAUAUAUAAAGAUAAAUUUUUAACACAAGUAUAUAGUAAGCCUCUUGGCUCCCUUCGGUCACCCUCCCACGACAAAAAAACUAUAACGUGGGCUAUUUUAAUACCAUCGUAGAGCGACUGGCGUACAUGGGCCCGCCCACAACGCCACACCCCCACCACAUCGUCGUCGUCGCUCAUUACUCGUAUCGGCACUCGUCGUAUUAGUAUCAUGGCACCCAAAGCAUCAGGAUCGAAAGGAGCUAAGAAGGCCGCCACCAAGGCAAAGGCCAACCGUGGGACUGACAAGAAAAGGAGGAGGAAGAGGAGGGAAUCCUACAGCAUCUACAUCUACAAAGUGUUGAAACAGGUGCACCCCGACACCGGUGUGUCCAGCAAGGCCAUGUCCAUCAUGAACAGCUUUGUCAACGACAUCUUUGAGAGAAUCGCCGCUGAGGCUUCCCGUCUCGCUCACUACAACAAGAGGUCCACCAUCACCAGUCGGGAGAUCCAGACCGCUGUCCGUCUCCUUCUGCCCGGUGAAUUGGCCAAGCACGCUGUCAGUGAGGGAACCAAAGCUGUCACCAAGUACACCAGCUCCAAGUAAACUCCUGAAAAAGUUUACUACAAACACAA